UAUUUUCCUCUGGAAGAAACAACAAAAGAUGGCUAUAAACUGAUAUAUGGAACAUAUUUAGACACCGAUCCUUCUCUCUAUGAUAUUAAUGACACUACCAAAUAUUACCUGAUGAUGUGCGACAUGUAUUUUUUAAUGGAUGGUACUACGAACGGUUAUAUUAUCUUCUUCGAUGCUAGCAAUUUAUCCUUCGGUCAUAUUACACGAAUGAAUCCAUUCGCAUUCAAAAAAUAUUUAUAUUAUAUCCAAGAAGCAGCACCAUUACGUAUAAAGGAAAUCCAUGUCAUAAACGCACCAACAGUCAUCGAAUUGGCAAUGAACAUGAUAAAACCUUUUAUGAAGAAAGAACUGCUAGAUGUAAUGCAUUUUUAUUCAUCGUUAGAGAACGUUUCCAAAUAUAUCUCAGUGGAUAAGUUGCCGAACGAAUCGGGUGGAAAGGCGGGUCCGAUACGCGAAUUGGCUGAAAUGCAAAUGAGGAAACUCGAGGAGUAUCGUGAAUGGUUUCUGCUAGACGAAGCAACCAGACGUGUUGACGAAACAAAGAGAAUUGGCAAGAGCAAAUCGGUGAAUGAUUUGUUUGGUGUUGAGGGUAGUUUUAGAAAACUCGAUAUAGAUUAAAAAAGAUUUAUAACUUUAUACGAUUUAUAAUCCCAUCUUGUGCAAUUUCUUUUAAUGUUAUUUUGUACUUUGUACUUUG